AUGCUGUCUACCAUUUUUUACACAGUUGCUCUUGCAGCCGGCCUCGCACAGGCUCUGCCCCAAGCCACCGUCGUACCCAAUGCAGCUACCCCUGUUCGAGCUGAGACGACCGCUGCACCCCAGCCCCGUCAGGCUGCUAUCAACCCCUUCGCAGGCUACAACUUCUACGCCAAUCCGUACUACUCGUCCGAGGUGCACAACUUGGCCAUACCCUCGCUCCCAGCGUCGCUUCGCCCAGCUGCUUCAGCCGUCGCCAAAGUUGGAUCGUUUGUAUGGCUGGACACUCGUGCAAAGGUGCCUACUCUAGACACUUACCUGGCCGACAUCAAGCAGAAGAACGCUGCUGGCGCGAAGCUGAUGGCUACUUUUGUUGUGUACAACCUUCCCGAUCGCGAUUGUGCUGCUCUUGCAUCGAAUGGGGAACUCCUCAUCGACCAAGAUGGAGCCACCAAGUACAAGGUUGAGUACAUUGAUAAAAUAGCAGCGAUUAUCCAAAAGUAUCCUGAUGUCAAGGUCAAUUUGGCCAUUGAGCCGGACUCGCUCGCGAACAUGGUCACUAACAUGGGUGUUCAGAAGUGCUCUCGUGCUGCACCUUACUACAAGGACCUGACCGCCUAUGCUCUUCGCAAGCUCAACUUUGCCAAUGUCGACAUGUACCUGGAUGGUGGCCACGCUGGAUGGCUUGGCUGGGAUGCCAACAUUGGUCCUGCAGCCAAGCUGUUCGCAGAGGUGUACAAGGCUGCUGGAUCCCCUCGUGCUGUUCGCGGUAUCGUUACCAAUGUCUCGAACUACAAUGCUUUCAGGAUUGGCACCUGCCCAGCAAUCACAAGUCCAAACGCCAACUGCGAUGAAGAGCGCUUCAUCAAGGCAUUUGCCCCGCUCCUGCAAGCUCAAGGUUUCCCAGCGCGCUUCAUCGUUGAUGUUGGACGGUCUGGCAAGCAGCCUACUGGCCAGCAAGCGUGGGGUGACUGGUGCAAUGUCCAAGGUGCUGGGUUUGGUCCCCGCCCAACAACCAACACGGGCAACUCGCUUGUGGACGCAUUCGUUUGGGUCAAGCCUGGUGGUGAGUCUGAUGGGACCUCGGACACUUCUGCCGUUCGCUACGACGCUGCCUGUGGUCGUGCAUCUGCUUUCAAGCCAGCGCCUGAGGCCGGUCAGUGGUUCAACACGUACUUUGAGAUGCUCCUCAAGAAUGCCAGUCCUGCUCUAGCUUGA